GCGUUUGGAAACGGCAGCCGGGCGGGGACCGCAAGGGUGACGGAAACCUGAGGCGUUUGUCCCUGGCACCACUCGUCGUACACACACAGAACCGACCGCCAUGGAUGAGAUUACCCGCAAAGUCCGCGAGCGCGUCUCGCUUACCAAAGACCGCGUCGAUUACACGGCCAGCACUGAUUUUCCUGGCAGCUACCCGGGCAUCGAUGACAGCUGGAACCUUGAGGCCAUUAAAAAGAAACUCAAGAUUGAUGUCACCCGCAUCGAGGACAGCGAGUAUGAGCUUGAAUUUGACAUCAUUGGUCUAGACGCUGCCAUCGUCAACACCAUCCGCCGCAUUCUUAUCGCUGACACGCCCACCAUGGCCAUUGAGUCUGUCUACAUCUUCAACAACACAUCCAUGCUGCCCGAUGAGCUCUUCGCACAUCGCCUGGGCUUGAUUCCCAUCAAGGCUGACCCGCGCCACUUCACGUACCGCGCCGAUGACGGCGGACAGCCAACCGAUGCAAACACCAUCGUCUUCAACCUCAAGCGUGUCUGCACCAAGAAACCAAAUGCUCCCGCCGAUGCCACCAACCCCGAAGACUUGUACGAGAAUGCCGUCAUCUACUCGCGAGACCUUGAAUGGGCACCACAGGGUCAACAGGAACAAGUGUUUGGCAAAAAUGGAUUCAGUGUCGUCUAUGAUGACAUUGUCAUUAUGAAAAUGCGCCCCGGGCAAGAAGUCAACAUGCAGCUCUUUUGUGAAAAGGGCGUUGGCAAGACCCAUGCCAAAUGGUCGCCCGUCGCAACCGCCUCGUACCGUCUCAUGCCCGAAAUCAUCCUCAAGGAGCCUAUUGUGGGCCCGUUGGCACACAAGCUGCAAAAGUGUUUUUCACCCGGUGUCUGUGACAUUGUGAAGAACAGCAAAGGUGAAGAUGAGGCAAAGAUCGUGAACCCCCGUGCCGAUACCGUUUCCCGCGAAGUGUUCCGCCACGAUGACCUGAGGGAUAAGGUCGAACUUAACCGCGUACGCGACCACUUCAUCUUCUCCGUCGAGUCAGUGGGCGCACUCGCUCCCGACGUGCUGGUACUCAUGGCUCUGCAAGAACUCAAGAGCAAAUGCCAGCGUGUCAUUGACUUUUUGGAUGAAUCAGCGCAAGUCGCUGCGGUCAAUGCCAACCUUCAGGAUGACAGUGCUGAUGCCGAGGCAUAGCUGUUCGUUUCAUCCCUUUGUCUGGGCCUUUCAUGGCCUCUUUGGUUCGCUGGCCCGAAUAAACGAUGUAUUCUCGCUUCAUAAUCGACUCAACCUAUUCAAA